UCCAACUCUUCAGCGUGAAUCAUGUUUUCCGAGGUUGUAUUAUCCUGUUCCAACACCGAUUCGACAUCUUAUGUAUGGGACAUUCGAUCAGGAACCGUAGUUUUUUCGCUCAAGCAAAACAUGGUUCCCAAGAAUGGUGUUGCUAGAGCCCCAUUGCCUUGGGCUCCUUCACGCACCGGUCUUGUUUUAAGUGCGCAAACCGACAAAGCUGUAAUCAACUCAUAUUGCUGGCAAAAGGAUCAAGUUCACGCAAAAUCUCUUUGUCCCGAAAAAAUUAUCACAGUUGCUGUUUCGCACCAAGGCGUCUAUUGUGCUGGCGGUACACAGUCUGGCAAAAUUUAUCUGUGGGAGAUUGCCACCGGUGUUCUUUACAGAUCGUUCGAUGCUCAUUAUAAACGAAUCUCUGCGCUUCGAUUCACAGACGACGAUACUGCAUUGGUUUCAGCCAGCGACGAUGCUAGUGUCAAUGUGUGGCUACUGACGAAGCUGUUGGACGAACAAGAAGACAUCACCAUCGCCCCAUCACCGUAUUAUUCCUGGUCAGAUCACUCUCUGCCUGUUACAGAUAUAGUGUGCGGCACCGGUACUUUUGGAAGUGCACGGAUAUGGACUUCCAGUUUAGAUCACACUGUCAAGCUUUGGGAUUUGGCAACUGGAUCUCUUUUAACCACUUUCUUGUUCCCUCACCCUGUCGAUACCCUCGCCGUGGAUGUAUCAGAAACCAUCUUGCUGGCUGCUGGCCGCCAUGACAUCUACCAAGUAAAUCUUUACAAACGGGUGGAGGAACGAUCAUACGCAGCUACCAGCAUAGAGAGCAUGGGUGGUAUGGGAAAGGUUGAAAGCGUCGGCUUGGAAUCUUCUGCCAGCGCCAAGGUUUUCAGAGGCCAUACUGACACAAUCAAUUCGCUAAGCCUAUCGUUUGAUGGCUCACUACUUGUUUCCGGUUCACAAGACGGUGAAUGUAUCGUUUGGGAUGUGUCUAGCCGACAGUCACUCCGUAAAUUCACACAGCACAAGGGCCCAGUGACAUCCGUCAGUUGCUUUAUCAAACCACCGGAGUUGACUGGUGCAUUCAUCGGUCAACAACGAUCUUCAGAACCAGUCAUGCCCAUCACACCUUUCAAACGUGCACGUCGAACUGAGGACGAAGAGCGAGAGCAUGGUCUAUCCAUGAUCAUUCCUGAUACAUCGCGGGAUUUGCUCCUGCUCGAUGGAAAGCUGGAUGGUCGAUCUACACAGUAUGUUGCGCCAGAAACACUUAAUGUUCACGACGCAAAAGAGUUUGUCCAACAGGUUCAAACUCAAGACUCCAGCACCUCGUUACGAACGCAAAUCAACAAAUUACAGGCCGAAUUGGUUCGUGUGCAUGAGCACUACGCCAAGGUCAAAACUCUUCACAAUGAAAUGUACAUCAAUUUGGUGGAUCAGUUCAUGGUGCAACGACGACAAGAAGAAGGAAACUAAGUCGAUAGAAGAAAUGUUGUUAAAUAGAAUGUACAUGGACAUUGCUGUAUUUCAUAAAUUACACGAGAAACAAAACAAACAAACCACAUAAACAGGGGCUAAUUUCGCUAUCUGUUCUGGUAUGCUCUUCUUUUUAUACAAUAUAUUACUACA